UAUUAUAAUUGUAAUCACGUUUGAUUUGUUUUAGUGUGGAAAAUAACAAGGUUGUUUUAGGAUAAUGGCAGAGGCGAAGAUGGAAGGGGAGUAUAAACAGAUUGUUGAUCGAUUAAGAGCAAGUUACAAAUCUGGCAAGUUCAGAUCUUUAGAUACUCGCUUACAUCAGCUUAAGCAAUUUCUUUGCAUGAUUGAGGAAAACGAGGAUGCUUUGUUUGCUGCUAUAAAGAAGGACAUUAAUAAGCCUAAAGUUGAAGCUAACUUUUUGGAAAUUCUACUGAUGAAAGUUGAACUUGGAAACGCAAUAAAAAAUCUGUCAACAUGGAUGACACCAGAGCGUGUAACUCCUGAUCUGAUCAAUAAAUUGAACACUUGCGAGAUUAUAUCAGAGCCGUACGGUGUAGUUUUGGUGAUCGGAGCAUGGAAUUAUCCUCUUUCACUUGCUCUUCAGCCCGCAAUAGCAGCGAUAGCAGCAGGUAAUUCUGUUAUUAUAAAGCCAUCUGAGUUAUCAGAAAAUACUGCCAGUGUUAUUGAAGAAAUCGUACCAAAGUACAUGGAUAAGGAUUGCAUGACAGUAGUCAGUGGUGGAGUUCCAGAGACAACAGCUCUUCUCCGUCAAAGAUUUGAUUACAUAUUUUACACAGGAGGGACGUUUGUUGCUAAAAUAAUUAUGAAGGCUGCUGCUGAGUAUUUGACUCCUGUCACGUUAGAACUUGGAGGGAAGUGUCCUGCCUUUGUUGACUCCACUUGCAAUUUUCAGGUGAUUGGGCAGCGCAUUGCUUGGGCGAAAUAUUGUAAUGCUGGUCAGACUUGUCUGACCAUUGAUUACAUUGUAUGCAUUGAUGAUUGUCAAGAUCAACUGAUUGAAUCCAUAAAAACAGCUGUUAUCAAAUUCUACGGCGAAGACCAGAAAAAUUCAGAAAGUUAUGGCCGAAUUGUUAACAAAAGACAUUUUGAGACAGCGGUCGCUUUUGUACAAGUAUUUAUUUUGUACAAGAGAGUGUGCAAUCUGAUUGAUUUUGAUAAAGUCGUUUAUGGUAACAUCAAAGAUGAAGAAGAUCUCUAUAUUUCACCAACGAUUUUGAAAGAUGUUUCACCAGAGGAUAAGAUCAUGCAAGAGGAGAUUUUUGGACCUCUUUUACCAAUCCUGCCAAUGGAAUCUCUUGAUGACGCUAUUGAUUUUGUUAAUGGAAGAGAAAAGCCACUAGCUGUAUAUGUUUUUUCCAAUGAUCAAAAAAUCAUUAAUCGUGUGAAAAAUGAGACAUCAUCUGGAGGUAUGUGCAUCAAUGAUGCAAUGAUGCAUGCUGCAGUUCCCAGCCUUCCCUUUGGUGGUGUUGGCUACAGUGGUAUGGGAUCUUAUCAUGGCAAAUUUGGUUUCGAUACUUUUUCACAUAAAAAGUCAUACCUUUGUAAAAAUCAAAGGAUGGAAAGUGUCAAUGCUGUGCGAUAUCCACCAUAUGAUGAAAAUUGGAAGGUGUUACAGUGGUUGGAAUGGAUGUUAAUCCCAAUGAAAGUGAGCAAGUAAAGUACUGAAAUGAUGAUGGUAAUUUUUUGACCAAUUGAGAAUUAUUUUUUAUUGACUUUUUUUAAAAUCAAUAUUCUUUUUUGAAAUUUAAUUUGUAUUGAAAAAGGUUGAUUUCCUAUUGCUCUUAAUUGUUAAAGAGUUUUUAUGUUCUAAAUUGAUGAAGGUUAAAUAUUAAAUGUAUACAGGAUAGAAAUAUACUGAGGUAUUUUAUGCAGUCAAUUAAAAGUGAAGACUGAUUUGAUGUUUUACAUUUGUUUUUAAGUAUGAAUGUGACAACCAGAAGGUUUGUUCAAGCUUUUAUCUUAAACUGUGUUUUUUGUUUGAUGUAUUAUGCAAAGUAGUGUUUAGAAAUGCAGUGUUCCUGAACGUUGUUGUUGCAAUCAUUUUUUCCUAAUUAUAAUGGGUAAAUGCUAUAUUUUUGAAUUAUUGUGUAGUAUAUGCAUUUAAAAAAUAUAUUUUUAUGCAAAACAAAAAGUUGUUUUGCAAGAAUUUUAUUUUUUAUUUGAUUACGUUUGUUAUAGUUGAAUUUAUUUUUGUAAACUGUAUACAUGAUAAGAUUUUAGAGGUGAGCAGGUCUUACUUUUGAUUUUAGGGAUUACUUUUGGAUUUUUUCCAAUUGUUCUAGACACAAAGAUGGACACAUUUUUUGUUUUAUGUUAUCGUUUGCUAUCUGUGAAACGUUGACUUUUUCAGAAUUUCUUAGUGACAUUGUUAGAAAAAAAUCAUAUAAUUUAUUUUUUGGUGUUUUUAUAUCUUCUUUGAAAUAAAUUUUUAGACUUUAUUAGAUUUAUUUAGAUAUGUUUUUACAAACGGAUGUUUUUUAGUGCAAUUGUUAAAGAGUUGUUUUGUAGAAUAUAGUUAAGUAUAUAUAUAUAUACAGUUA